AUGGCAGAGAACGGGACCAACAUCCCGUCGCCGACGGCGGCGGCGCCGCGGCAGGUCGUCGCCAAGACCGCCGGCGGCAACUCGGCCUACCACAACUUCCACAACGACUUCACGCACAUUGCCGACCUCAACGAGCGCCGGCGCCUGGCCCUCGCCGAGGUCGACAAGGCGCCGUUCGGGUGGUACCACGUCCGCGCCUGCGUGGUCGCCGGUGUGGGCUUCUUCACCGACUCGUACGACAUCUUCACGGCCUCGCUGCUCACCAUCAUGCUGGGCAUCGUCUACUACCCGGGCGUCGGCAAGAUGCCCACGAGCUCCGACAACGCCAUCAAGCUGGCCACCUCGGCGGGCACCGUCGUCGGCCAGCUGGGCUUCGGUUUCCUCGCCGAUUUGGUCGGCCGUAAGCGCAUGUACGGUCUGGAGCUCAUUGUCAUCAUCUUUGCCACCAUUGGCCAGGCCCUGACCAGCGGUUCGCCCUCGUGCGACAUCAUCGGGCUCAUCAUCUUCUGGCGUGUCAUCAUGGGUGUUGGUAUUGGUGGUGACUACCCGCUUUCGUCCAUUAUCACUUCCGAGUUCGCGACCACCAAGUGGCGUGGCGCCAUGAUGGCUGCCGUGUUUGCCAUGCAGGGCAUGGGCCAGCUGUGCGCCGCCUUCGUCAUGCUCUUCGUCACCCUCGGCUUCAAGGGCUCGCUGGAGGGCGCCGCCUCGGUCAAGUCGUGCACGGGCGACUGCCAGGUUGCCGUCGACAAGAUGUGGCGUACCCUGAUCGGCUUCGGUGCCGUUCCCGCCUGCAUCGCGCUGUACUUCCGUCUGACCAUCCCCGAGACGCCCCGUUACACCUUCGAUGUCGCCCGCGAUGUCGAAAAGGCCCAGGACGACGUCAAGGCCUACAUGUCGGGCAAGCGCGAGGGCGACCCCGAUGCCAUGGCCCAGGUCGCCACCUCCCGCGCGGCCAAGGACAACCUCGAGGUGCCCAAGGCCAGCUGGGCCGACUUCCGCCGCCACUACGGCAAGCCCAAGAACUUUUUGCUCCUCUUCGGCACUGCCGGCUCGUGGUUCUGCCUCGACGUCGCCUUCUACGGCCUGUCGCUCAACAACGGUGUUAUCCUUGAGGCGAUUGGCUUCUCCACCAGCAACGUCCACAACGUUUAUGAGUUCCUGUACAACACCGCCAUUGGCAACCUGAUUAUCGUUCUGGCGGGUGCUGUGCCGGGCUACUGGGUCUCGGUUGCGACGAUUGACACGCUCGGUCGCAAGAAGAUCCAGCUCGGUGGCUUCAUCAUCCUCACGAUCCUCUUCAUCGUCAUGGGCUUUGCCUACCACAACAUUUCCAAGAACGGCCUGCUUGCCAUCUAUGUCUUGGCGCAAUUCUUCUUCAACUUCGGUCCCAACACGACCACCUUCAUCGUGCCCGGUGAAGUCUUCCCCACGCGAUACCGUUCCACCUCGCACGGUAUCUCCGCCGCCUCGGGCAAGAUCGGCUCCAUCAUCGGCCAGGGCGCCAUCUCCACGCUCCGCACGCACGGCGCUGUCAAGUCGGGCGACACCCCCUGGAUGGACCACGUGCUGGAGAUCUACGCCCUCUUCAUGCUUCUGGGGUGCUUCACCACGCUGCUCAUCCCCGAGACGGCCCGCAAGACCCUCGAAGAGCUCAGCGGCGAGGACGACUUUGCCGUCACCGGCCGUCUGGGCUCCGUCAGCGCCCACGACCGGGCCAACAGCAACGAGGACGAACCCGUCAAGGCGGCCUGA